UGAUGAUAGAGAAGAUGGUGAUGAUAGAGGAGAUGGUGAUGAUGAUGAUGAUAGAGAUGAUGGUGGUGAUGAUAGAGGAGAUGAUGGUGAUAGAGGAGAUGAUGAUGGUGAUAGAGGAGAUGGUGAUGAUGAUGAUGAUAGAGAUGAUGGUGGUGAUGAUAGAGGAGAUGAUGAUGAUAGAGGAGAUGAUGAUGGUGAUAGAGGAGAUGGUGAUGAUGAUAGAGGAGAUGGUGAUGAUAAUGAUGAUAGAGGAGAUGGUGAUGAUAGAGAUGAUGAUGAUGAUGAUAGAGGAGAUGGUGAUAGUGAUAAUGUGCAGGAUGAUGGUGAUGACAGAGGUGAUGAUGAUGGUUGUGGACACUAUAUUGGAGGUAAUUGUGUUGGGGUUAGAGAUGACGGUGGUGAUGAUAGAUGAUGGUGGUGAUGAUAGAUGAUGGUGGUGAUGAUAGAGGAGAUGGUGAUGAUAAAGAUGAUGGUGAUGAUGAUAGAGAUGAUGGUGAUGAUAGAGGAGAUGAUGGUGAUGAUAGAGGAGAUGAUGGUGAUGAUAGAGGAGAUGAUGGUGAUGAUAGAGAUGAUGGUGGUGAUGAUAGAGAAGAUGGUGAUGAUGAUGAUAGAGAUGAUGGUGAUGAUGAUGAUAGUGGUGAUGAUAGAGGAGAUGAUGGUGAUGAUAGAGGAGAUGAUGGUGAUGAUAAAGAUGAUGAUGGGGAUGAUGAUAGAGGAGAUGAUGGUGAUGAUAGAGAUGAUGGGGAUGAUGAUAGAGGAGAUGAUGAUGAUGAUAAAGAUGAUGGUGAUGAUAGAGGAGAUGAUGGUGAUGAUAGAGAUGAUGGUGGUGAUGAUAGAGAUGAUGGUGAUGAUAGAGAAGAUGGUGAUGAUGAUAGAGAUGAUGGUGGUGAUGAUGAUAGAGAUGAUGAUGAUAGAGAAGAUGGUGAUGAUAGAGGAGAUGAUGGUGAUGAUGAUGAUAGAGAAGAUGGUGAUGAUGAUGAUAGAGAAGAUGGUGAUAAUAGAGGAGAUGAUGGUGAUGAUAGAGGAGAUGAUGGUGAUGAUGAUAGAGAUGAUGGUGGUGAUGAUAGAGAUGAUGGUGAUGAUAAUAGAGGAGAUGAUGGUGAUAAUAGAGGAGAUGAUGGUGAUGAUAGAGAUGAUAGUGAUGAUGAUAGAGAAGAUGAUGGUGAUGAUAGAGAUGAUGGUGGUGAUGAUGAUAGAGGAGAUGAUGGUGAUGAUAGAGAUGAUGGUGAUGAUGAUAGAGGAGAUGAUGGUGAUGAUAUAGGAGAUGAUGAUGAUAGAGGAGAUGAUGGUGAUGAUGAUGAUAGAGAAGAUGGGGAUAAUAGAGGAGAUGAUGGUGAUGAUAGAGGAGAUGAUGGUGAUGAUAGAGGAGAUGAUGGUGAUAGAGAUGAUGAUGGGGAUGAUGAUAGAGGAGAUGGUGGUGAUGAUAGAGAUGAUGGUGGUGAUGAUAGAGGAGAUGGUGAUGAUAAAGAUGAUGGUGAUGAUGAUAGAGAUGAUGGUGAUGAUAGAGGAGAUGAUGGUGAUGAUGAUGAUAGAGAAGAUGGUGAUGAUAGAGGAGAUGAUGGUGAUGAUGAUGAUAGAGAUGAUGGUGGUGAUGAUGAUAGAGAUGAUGAUGAUGAUAGAGGAGAUGAUGGUGUUGAUGAUGAUAGAGAAGAUGGUGAUGAUAGAGGAGAUGAUUGUGAUGAUGAUGAUAGAGGAGAUGGUGAUGAUAGAGAUGGUGGUGAUGAUGAUGAUAGAGGAGAUGAUUGUGAUGAUGAUGAUAGAGGAGAUGGUGAUGAUAGAGAUGGUGGUGAUGAUGAUGAUAGAGGAGAUAGAGAUGAUGAUGAUAGAGGAGAUGAUGGUGAUGAUAGAGGAGAUGAUGGUGAUAGAGGAGAUGAUGAUGAUAGAGGAGAUGAUGAUGAUAGAGGAGAUGAUGGUGGUGAUGAUGAUAGAGAUGAUGAUAGAGAUGAUGAUGAUGAUAGAGGAGAUGAUGAUGAUAGAGAUGGUGGUGAUGAUGAUGAUAGAGGCGAUAGAGAUGAUGAUGAUAGAGGAGAUGAUGAUGAUAGAGAUGGUGGUGAUGAUGAUGAUAGAGGCGAUAGAGAUGAUGAUGAUAGAGGAGAUGGUGAUAGUGAUAAUGUGCAGGAUGAUGGUGAUGACAGAGGUGAUGAUGAUGGUUGUGGACACUAUAUUGGAGGUAAUUGUGUUGGAGAUGAUGCUGAUAUACUGAUCAUGGCGGUAAUGAUCUCCUGUCACAUUACCCACGUUCCUCCAGUUUUUGGCCUCCUCCAUCUCAGGAGGCUUAUAAUGAAGACCCCUUUUAGAGAGAAGCUUAGAGAAGUGGUGAUUUUUCUGUGAGACGCUUCUCAAGCACAAAAUAUGACAGACGACUGGACAUGGAAACGGCGGCGCAGGAGCCGGUGCAGAGGUGAAUGACGCUGUAUCGGGCCUUCACAUCUGGCUGCACCAGCUUCUAUUUAAUGAGAAGACAAAUGAUGACAAAUCCUGCACCGUGUAGAAUCGUACAUUCAGCUCAACGCAGGUCGUAUAUAACAAACAGCACUGCAGGCACGGUGAUGGUACAGCGGUCACAUGACCCUCCCCUCUCAUAGUCUGGCUGUGACCUCAGGUCUGGUUGUUGUGGUGCGGAUUUCUUGGUUCAGGCUGAUGGUCUUAUCCUGCCAU